AUGGCUACACUGGACAUGAACUCCAUCGGGCGGAGAUCGGUGCGCCCCAAGCAGCGGCAUCGCGUGUCCAGUCAUCUGCAUUGGCUGCGUACCGCUGCCAAGGCUAAGGUGGAUGUGGUGGCGCAGCAAGUACUGGACCACGACGAAGGUAUCUUCGGAGCAGUGCGAGCCAAUGACACCAAUGCUGUGCUCCGUCUCAUCGCCACGGAUGAAAAUUGUUUGACGCUGCGGGACUCGGUGGGGGCAGCUCCUGUGCAUAUCGCGUUCCUAUUUGGCCACUACGAGCUUGGUAAGCGCAUUGUACUGAGAUGCAGAGUACUCGCCUCCGUUACAUACACAUCCAACAAUCCAUGUGAACCUUCACCAUACGAAGGCGAAAAUAUUCUCCACAUCGCUAUUAUUCACCGCCAGACAGAGCUCGUUCAGUGGCUCGUACGCGAGGUACCACAGCUGGUGCGUGCUGAGACCACCGGCAAGUUUUUCAGCCCCACAAAGGCAUGCUACUUUGGAGGAACCCCUGUGCUCUUCGCCCUUGCGUCCAACCAGAUCGAGAUGGCGCUGCAUAUUCUGGAGACUGCAGAGCGACUGCAAGACGGGGAGGACGAAGGGAAGGAUCUAGCAUCCAUUUUCUCGUGCGAUCGGUUCGGUAAUAACGUACUCCACCUCGCAGUCAUCCGUGACUUACCCGACGUCUACGAUUUCGCGUUACGGUACGUCAUUAGGCUGCUGUCCAAGCAACUUACGCCGACCAAAGUUGGUCCGGUAAUAUAUGAGGAGAAACCAGAUAAUGAGACGCAUGAGGUGGAGAACAUGGUAGUCGUACAAAGUCCAGGAAAGUCGUCACUAUCGAUGAAAGAACCCCCUCCUGCGACGAUUGACUAUAGAGAGGGCGACAUCAACCUAGUGGAAUUUCUCCAAAGCACCAGCGACUCUGGAUACGAGCGAAUGCUUUGCUUUCUGAUGCAUCGCAACUCCGACGAGUUGACUCCGCUAUCUCUCGCUGCGGCUAUCGGUCAACAGCGAAUGUUUCAGCAUCUCUUCAACCAUUCGUCUUCGAUCGCGUGGCGCUAUGGCCCCAUCACUGCGAUCCACGUGCCGUUGUUCGAUCUCGAGCAGCCAGAAUUGCGACCAGCUCCAGACUUCGGGCGCUUUCAACGUAUUCACGACUUAAUCGAGUCCUUACCGUAUCCAUUAGCACCAAAAGGAAGAAAAGGUUAUCGGACUGCCAUCCAAUGUCUCUGCUCGACUGAGAAAAUCUCCAGUACGCUUCAGGAUAACCACAAAGUGAUACAAGAAAUGGUGUCAAAGCGGCUUGAAAUGCUGAAAAUGAUGGAAAUCCAGCAACUCUUGCACAAAAAGUGGAAGUACGUUGGAAAGCAGCGAUUUCUCUGGCGUCUGGCAGUUUACUGUGUCUUCCUUAUGCUGCUGAAUGCAACUACACUCGCUCCUUACAGCAAAUACAGCGAUGGCUCACGGGGAGACGCAACAGGACUGGGUUUCGCCGAAGUGGGGGCACUACUGCUAGCCGCUUUGAAGUUUAUGAACGAGAGCAACCAGAUGCUGCUCAACUCUCAAGGCUACGUGACGGAAGGAGAUGCUGGUCGACUGGACAAUAUCUGCACUACUGUGACGAGUAUUUCGCUCUUUACGUCCACAAUCGCGAGACUUGCACAUCAACAGGAGGUAGGAGACGCUCUGGGCGCUGUUGCACUUAUCUUCGCUUGGUUUUACAUGUUUUUCUUCUUGCUGGGCUUCCGCACCACUGGACCCUUUGUGAUCAUGAUCUUGCGAAUGAUCGCACACGAUAUCGUGCGGUUUUUCUUAGUUUACAGCGCCGUUUUGGUCGGAUUCUCGCAGGCCAUUUACGUGGUACAUGAUGGUCGAGUUGGGCCCCAUGCACUGUUUUUGAGGAUGCGUACGCUAUUAGUCAUGGGCUUCACGGGUGAGGUCAAUUAUGACGAUAACUACGGCUCCGGUGGCCGUAUGAAUCCGCUCACUCAAGUGCUGGUACUGUGCUACGUUGUCCUCGUCAUGAUCAUCCUCGUCAACUUGCUUAUCGCCAUGAUGGGUAACACGUACAGUGAAGUGCUGGAGGAAUCCGAACAGCGGUGGAUUGCAGAGCGAGCAAAUAUUAUGGCGUCCAUCGACAAUCAAUGUCCUACUGAGUGGAAUCAGCAGGCUCGGAAAGCGUUUGCAAUCCCUCUACAGAAUCGCAACGGUGAAGAGAUGCUGUAUCUUGAGAUGGAAGUGACGAAGCUCGCCGAGUGGAUGCACGAUGAUUGA